CCCUCGACUCUUGUCACUCAAAUCGUUGAGGCGAAACAGUUACGAAAGCUUCACGUCCUGUAACAGGCAGGCGCGUCCUUUAGAUUGUAAUUUCUUGUAGGUUAAACCGGCGAUAGUACUACUACAGCUCAUUUAGUCCAGUUCAUUAAGGCGUUAGUGACUUGCAGCAGACCAUAAAGCUUCUGCAGUUGUUCAAUGGUUGUAUAGAUUCAUCUUCUGUGAAGUUAGCUUGGAGCUAGUAGUUAGCAAGCAGUGCCUUUUUUACCCACUGGAAACUUCUCAGAUGAUAAAGCCUUUGCAGUGGUAAGUGUCCACUGGAAAAAACAAUCUCGGUCAUCACUAUGACACAUCAGGAUGGAGAGGGAUGGGGAGGUGUUAGUAUCCUUUAGAGGAAAUGCUGCUGACGUACUACAGGGAUGUGAAACUAAUUUUACAUCAUGGGGCACAUACAACCCACUUUGAUCUUGACAGGAUGUUUAUGCACUCCUUGUUUUCCAUUGCCAUCCAGUGGGGCAGAUUUGAGUGCUUCCCAGAAUGCUUCUGGCCCCCAUGCCUUAUGUUUGAUACCCCUGAUAUACGUGUCUCUGCAGUUCUUCAGUAAGCCCUUAACUCAAAAUGCACCCUGACCUGUCACCUCACCUUCACACAGAUGAGUGUAAUGAACUAAUAAGUCAACUGAGACAGUGCCACAACGAGCACAAUAUUCUGAAGUUCUUUGGCACAUGUAACGAUGUGGACCGUGCCAUGCGUCAGUGUCUGAAGAAAGAGAGACUGGAAAAGCGGGAGCGCAGCAAGCAGCAUGCGAUAGAGAUGAAGAAGAGGCUGAAAGAAGGACCUAAAGACCGUCUCUAAGGGACAUUUUACUGCAACUGUGCCACUGGCACAGCAAGUUAAACCUACUGAGAUUUUGGCACACUGAAUGAAGCUUGACACUCUGUACCAGGCUUCCUCAGCUGACAUUUCAUGUCAGGACAGAUGAAGAGCUAUUUCUUUAUAAGCAGUGUGGGUGAUUUCAUUUAAUGGUGUGCGUCUCCAAGAACAAAAUGGUAAUCUUGCCAUAUUGAUGCUUAUAUUACUGGUAUUUUUAAAGUUUUAUUGAAUAGCAAGUAAGCUCAAUUAAGCUUACAUGGGUAUUUUGUAUCAGCUACAUAGACUAAAACUUGAAGUGUUGACAACAAUGUCAAGAGGUCAACAUAAAAAAAAACAUCUAGUACUUGAGAUUGAAGAUUGAGUUUGGGGAUUAUUAUUCCCCCACCCCAUCUCUUGCAGCGGACUACUGCUCCAUCACUGAUGUGUCUGUUGGCACAAAACCACAGCAAUGAUUACUCUGUUAACGUAUAACAGUAUCUAUUGUUGAAGAUUUCUUCGAAUUGGGAAUCAUAUUGAUUCUUUUUGAAUAAAGUAAAACUCUGAA